GCCGCAGCAUCCACAGUCGCAACGACACCUAUCCUGUAAAGAACGCCACUCCAGUUGCUUUGCAUUUUUAUGAUGAAUUUGUUACUUAAAUCAUAUUAACCACAGAAAAGGACACUUACAUUCAACCUUGUAUUCCAAGACAUCCCUCUUCUAGCGACACUUGUACUCUACGAACCCCGAUCUACAAUCCCAACUCCUUAGUCACAGACCAUGGCUGACGAUCAAGUGCCGGUCACAUACUUUUUGGCCAUCAUCGUGUUGGCGAUAUUCGCAUUCCGAUACUUCCUCUCUUCUCCCGCCGCUACGACCGAACAGCAGAUUGCCGCAGCUCGGCGUGGGCAGGCCGCCAAUACUCGUGCGCGCGAGCUGGCGGCCCUGCAAAUCCAACAGAUGCUCCCACAGGCCGACACGCGCACAAUAAUGUGGAAUCUUCAGCGUCAAGGAGGAGAUUCAACCCGCGUUAUUGACUUAAUUCUUGCCGGGAGACUCGAAGCACCACCAAUUACCUUUCAGCCUGUUCUACAAUCGACGCAACAAAGCACACCAGCGGCUUCGCGACAGCCAGGCAAGCCAUCCCAACCUGAUCUUAUUACGCGAUACAACUUGAAGGAUAAGCUUGAGUCGGAGACAGAUGCAGCAGCGCCGAAAGGCAAGGCCUGGAGCUCAAGUCGCGAAGAAAGAGAGGCAUCCCUACAGCGCCGGCGGGAUGAGAUGGUUCUGGCUGCGAGAAAAAAGAUGGAGGCAAAGUUAGCAGCACAAAAGGCUGCCAAGCAAGCAUAGACUAGAUACCCCCUUUCACCAAUGUACAUAACUUUAGCCGAGCUGUGAUAUUUUGAGAGCGCUUGAUAUCCAUGUACAAUUUCGCCAAAUGAAUGGGUUAUCUCUCAAGGGCAAGAUGACCAGCAUUAGUAUGACAAGGAUUUAUACCUCUAUGUACAUUCUGAUAUUGACAGAGUUAGGAACAAUAGUAAGACAAGUACAUCUCCCUUUUUGAAGAGGGGACUGAUGCUAGAACUCUAACAAGUAUUGGGCCCGCGGUGCAAGUAAUAAGAUAAACACCUCGGCAAAUUUUGGAUGUCUUAAAUUAAUUAAGAAGAUUUUUUCC